AUGACAAAAUUCGUCAAAGACAGCUUCUUGGACCUAGAGCGUCAUCGUCAGCUGCUUGAGGAGAAUAUCGUCAAGCUUCGGAAGUCGAUGCUACAUUGGCAGAUCUGGGAGGCUGAGUAUGAGGGCUUCAAGGAGGAAAUUCUAGCUGCCCCGUCCACCCCAACCCGGGAACAACUCCUUGCUAUCGCUCGCGAUUACGAAGGCCAACUAGUUACCAGGAAGGAACUCGAGGACAUACUGGGGGUCAAGGAGGCGCGCGCAACGGCCCAGGUGGUCAACUUAUUGGACCGGCGCAUAGACUACGUUGAGCAGAAUAUCCGGACCAUCGAGAAGCAAAUCGGCAAGGCAGAAGAGAAGCUGGCGGCUGCCAGCAUCAUUAGUACUCCAGAUGUGCGGAAUGAAGAAGGUCUGCCCUUGACCGAAAUCGUGGAGGAGCUGGACGAAGAGGGCAAUGUCAUAUCCAGCCGUUUGUCUACACCCGGCAGCGCGAAGCCCCAGCUCUUGGAAGUAUUGGAGAAGGCUGGAGUCAAAGGUCUAAAUCCGUCUCAACCAGCUCCGGAAGUACCAGCUCCAGAAGUCACACCUACCGCAGACAAGGUGUCCCCGAUGAUCUCAGACAGCGCCCGUCCGAAGCCCAUACCAAAAACAUCCAAGCCCAAGAAGAAAGGGGUCAAGUUCGCAGAAGAUACGAAGCCCGGCCCAAAUGUUGAAAAGUCGCAGACGGCAAAGCGACUUGAAGAAAUAAUGAAGAUGGCAAAGCAGCAAGAAACGCCCCCUUCGGAGACUCCCGUCAUACCCAAGAGCGAAAGCCUGGAAGACGCUGCCCUACGCCAAGAAAUGCUUCAAUAUGGCAUGUCAGAAGUAGGAGCCGUGGUAGCAGAACUGGAGCUUGAAGAGGAUAGCGAUUGGACAGAUGAUGGCUAUGAUGAUAUGAGCAGCAUAGACGACGAGGACGCGUUUGGCAGGUCGACAGGGAGACUUGUUGAUGAUCAAGUCAGGCAGCAAAUGAUCGAGCUCGAAGAACGACUUGGUGUCCGGGCUAUGCAGAAUGUCGGAAAAGCCGGGGACUACGAUGUGGUCGAAGAGGGCAUCGGUCGCAUCAAAAUCAAAGGCCAGCUGGACGAGAACUCGAGCUCUCCCACCAUCGCGGAUUAUAUCAUAGAUAGUGAACCCAGUGAAGUAGAGCCGAGGGGCUCCACCAAGAAGGCAGCAAGGUUCUCUGAAAACCUGGACAUUUCCCCAAGUCCCGUACCAUCGACGGCCGCUCCCACAACGAAGCCACGGGUAGCAGCCCCAGUUGGUGAUAUCGUAGAGCGGAUCGCGCCAGCCCAAGUGGCUACUCCAGUGCCACAAAAUAAGGCAUCGCGCUUCAAAACGGCUCAAGCUGCUUCUUCAAGCGUUCUGAACGGCCCUCUCGCAUCCUCGAGCAAUCUACAAGGCAUAUCUCUGCCGCUUCAUCCUGCCAAGCCGUCGACUCCAAAACCAUUUUCAACGUCCAUCGCCUUCAAUCCUGUAAAUGAUCCGAGUCGAACGGUUCCCACAGGCCCCGAAGGCAAGAUCCUGGCACCUACGGUUGUGGAGCGUGAUGUGCCAACCAGUACCUUUGUACCCGAACCAGAUGAUCUCGACCCCCAACUCUUACACCAGCAGGUUGCGACUGAGUAUCACAAGAUGCGUAAUCGAAUGAUCCAGAAACAGGGAGGUUUCAUGAAGGAAGAGGAGAGCGAGAUCGUGCCCUUUACAGAAGAAGAAGGCGGGCCGAAAAAGGUCAGUAGGUUCAAGGCGGCGAGACUAGCAGGACUGUUGAAGUAA